UUUAGGCCUUAGGGCCAACCAACACUAGGCCCGUUGGCCUAGACCCAAAUCCACCGCCGAACCGCCAAUUGCCAAAUUAUAAGGAAUUCUACACCGACUACGAACCUGAGUUUCUUCUCCACAACGAUUUAAGGAUUCAUUUCCCGGGUUCUAUCUCGGCUCCCAAAUUUAUCUGCCCUUUUCAAUUUCCUUCGACCCCUCUAGAGAUACCUCGAAAACACGGGACAUAAGAUGGAAGAUGAUUGCCCAACAAUCAAACGACCUUCGCUUAAAUCCCAUCCCCGUUUCAACAACUACCCCUUUUGGAAAGACAAGUUUAGAGAAAAUUGUUACAAAAGGGUGCGAGAAGACCGGACUCGUUUGCUUUGGAAAAUGAGGUUGCCUGCUGCCCAAUCUUUCAAUCACAAGGAGUUCAUGAAGUCUGCCUUUCAGGACAUAGUUUCUGAUGAACUAAAAAAAAUUAAAGAUUCAUCAAUGAGUGACAGUUUGGGAAGAUCUAACUCUGUUUCCGAAGCCUCUGAUGAAUUAUGGGAAUACAAUGGCCUUCAAGAUGCAUAUCAAGGUGAAUGUGAAGAGAUAUUGUUAGAAAUGCAAAGAAUAUUUUACGAGGAUCUCAGGAGAGAGCCGGAAGGAAAAGAACCAAAAGAAGGAACAGAAACUUGGGAAGAUGAACAAAAUGAGUACUUGGCCAGUGCAGUUUAUGAGCAUAUGCAAUUGAAUGAGCAGGUGCAGCAACAGAUAUGGUGCCCCAUCUGUAAGAGAGGACAGUUACAACAGAACCAUCAGCUAAUUUAUUGCACCCUUUGCAAACUUCAGCUUAACAGAGGCGACGAGGUUAAGUUAGAUAUAUUAUGCGAUCGAUUAGCGGAGGCCCAUGCAGAUCAUCUCGAACGAGGGUGUAGAUUAAAACCCAAGUUUUGCCUUGAGACUAGAUUUGGCUUGACUGCAUUGUACAUCCUUUGUCAGGAUUGCAGUACCUUCGAGAUUGUCAUUUAGCUUCCUUCCUGUUCCGGCCGCUGCAUGGUUCAUGGGUGCAUCAAGCGUCUCUGGUCCAUUAGUUUUAGUUUUGUUUUUGGUUAAGUUCUUGUGGCAUGCUUCCAUUUUAUCUGAAUCAUAUCUCUUCGCACGAGAGUUCAGUAUUUCUUU